AUGGGUUCUGCAAAUCAAUACCAGCUUCUGGAAGCAAGCCACCCCUCGCCAUUUCUAGUUCCAGGCACCGUUCCCGGUCAAAAGUCAAGUCCAACCCCCAGUCCGUUGGUAAGUCUCUCAGUCUCUUUGCCACUUUCCAGCUCAAUGCGGCUGGUCGUAGAAAGUUUGUUGACGUUUUGCUCAAUGGCCAUGCAGUUCGCCUACAGUUGGACACUGCUUCAGACAUCACCAUCAUCUCUGAGAGACUCUGGCAGUCCCUUGGCAGCACCACGAUGCAGCAGACUUCCUAUUCCGCCACAAGCGCGUGAGAUGGUCUCGUACAGCUAAUUGGGCAGCUGCAAUGCUGUGUGUCGUUCCGCGGUACCAGCAUCACUGCGAUCUGCUAAAUCACAAAGUCUGAUCUCAACCUACUUGGUCUGGACUGGAUUGAACAACUCGGUUUGGCCGAUAUGCCUCUUCGUGUUCUUUGCGGUCAGGCGCAGAUUUCCUUUGUACUCGCAGACCAAGCCAAGGACAUUCUCCAGCGCAUUGCUCCACUGCUCCAAGACGGCUUGGGUCGUUGAAAAUACAUUCAAGCCGUGCUACAUCUGUCUCCCGGAAGUCAACCAGUCUUCCGUCCAAAGCGACCAGUCCCAUAUGCAGCUCUACCACUUGUUGAGGCUGAAUUGAAGCAUCUAGAGGAACUGGGAGUUCUAGUUCCCGUAUCUUACCCCGCCUGGGCCGCUCCAAUCGUUGUGGUUAAGAAGCCCCAUGGCUCGAUCCGCAUUUGUGCUGACUUCUCCACCGAUCUCAAUGCCGCGCUGACACCGAACUGCUAUCCAAUGCCGGUUCCGGCUGACCUUUUCACCCUGCUGAAUGGUGGCAGUUGCUGUGCCAAGUUGGAUCUCGCUGAUGCGUAUUUGCAGAUCGAGAUCGCCCCAGAGACGCGCGAAUUGUUGAACAUCAGCACCCACCGCGGUCUGUUCCAAUAUACCAGGCUGCCCUUUGGUGUCAAGAUUGCCCCGGCAAUAUUCCAACAAACGAUGAACGCACUGCUCUCCGGCAUCCCUGACAUAGCUGGGUACCUGGACGACAUCAUCAUCGUGGGCCGCUCCCCUGUCCAGCUGCAUGACCGAGUGUGCGUAGUGCUCGAACGUGUGCAGGAAUAUGGCUUCCGCCUGUGGGGCGACAAGUGCCAAUUUUUCCUCGACUUCACCAGUAUGGUAAAUCAUUCAGUAUUUGUAUACAAAUACCUGUCUGUUGGGAGUUUGUGGAUGUAACGCGGCUAGCCCACGGAAGCGAGUGAGCGUCGGCACAAAUACUCAUGUAAUCUAUCAGGGCGAAACUAAAAAGCCUUGUUCAAAAGGACUUACUCCAAGUUCCCGCAUUGAUUUAUGGGGAGAUUACAAAGCCGAUAUACAAACAAAAGUGAUAACAAGUGCAAUGAAAGGGAUUAAAAUGACAAUUUCUGGAUUUUAACCGGCGUCAAGCAGUCCUCUCUCGAUCUGGGUCAAAUGCAUGUGACAUCCGGGAGUCGGCCCUGUCUGACGGCUUUAUUAUGAUAAAGGAAACUUAGUAUUAAAAAUUCCCGAUACCGGUUACAUCUAAAAAUGAAGAAUUUUAGUUAACCAAAUUAGUUAUGUAUGUCCACCACCCGGUCGGCUUGAUCUCAUAUUUCCCCCAUUGUUAUAAAUGCUGGAUUAGAAUAUGAUGCUACAAAGUCGAAAGACCAAAAGUCUUGUUUCCACGCAGAUACGAAUAUGGAACACCGCAGCAAGUCAAAAAUGCACUUUUUGCUUAAUAAUUGACGCCAUUGACUGAAUGCAAAAAACAGAUAUUGUGCGACAGAGGAACUCACGAAAGAUACUUGUGGUGUUACUGACGCUUCGAAGAACUGAGUCGGCUGCCCACUGUUAAAGCGUUUAGUGCAGAAGACUGAUCAGACGUUUAAACACCUAAACGAGCCAGUCAGCCUCGAAGUGAUCUAAUUUUUGCUUUAUCUUUUCCUGCCUCGGAAACUUAUUAGUUGAAGUGACACAGAAAGUGCACUUAUUUUUUUCAGUUUUUUCAACUGGUUUUUACGGAUCAGUCCUCAGAAGACAAUCAGCAGUUUGAAAUGCGCCGAGAUAGCCAGGAGCUUCAAAUGCGCCAAGAUAGUGCCGUAAUUGAAAUCGCUGCCUUUUCCCUCGAAGAAGAAAGACGCGUCCUCAGUCAAAUAAAACCAGAUUAG